AUGGACGAUUGCGGAGGCAACAGCUUGAAGGCAAAAGCAGGUCCGGAUGGGGAGCCGGAAGGUCCCCAAGGGGAGCCCACGGGGGUGUCCGCCCCUCCCAGGACGGAGGAAUGCCGAAUCUGCUACAGCCCUUUCGACGUGGAGUGCCGCCCGCCGCGACAACUCGAGUGCCUCCACACUUUCUGCCUCGAUUGCCUGAGCCAGGUACAUCAAGCCGAGCGCUGCAGGCGCGGCCUCCGCCACAGUAACCCCGGCGCGGCCACCAUCACUUGCCCGCUCUGCAGGCACCGGACAGCCCUGCCAGACGGCCGCGUGUCCAACCUGCCCGUCGACCGCGCACUGGCCGCCACAAGCUGCCCGCUGCCUCCAAAGCCCUUGCAGCCUGUUCGGCCUUCGCAAGCGGCGGCCCAGCCUGCCCAGCAGCGCCCCCUGCCGGACCAGGGCGGCGGCAGGAGCAGCAGCGACGGGACGGCGCCCCAGCCGCUUCCUUCUGCAGUUCCCGCCGGAGAAGCGGAGCCGGGCUCGGGAUGCCACAGUUGCCACGGGCGCCCCCAGAGGCUCGUGGAGAAAAUUCCUUGGGUGUGGGUCGCCUUCUGCCUCCUCUUCGGGGCGUUCUUCUCCAUAGCAUUCAUUAGCGCUCUGCUGUGGAACUGGAGCCCGUGGGUCCUAUUCCUGGGGGCCUCCCUCUGCUGCAUCCUGCCCUGUUGCCUCAUCCUCUGCUACACAGAGAUUAGGAGAUACCAGAGGGAAUCCCCUCCUUGCCCACCCUGCCUGGUCCUUCCCUUUUAGGUUCUUGCAUCAGAAGAUGUGCUGGUGGACUUCUGGCCCGUAAGGGCUUAAUGGGGACCGGCCCUACCGUUAGGCAAAGAGCGUAAGAAGAGACCUGUUAGAUCAGGUCAAUGGCCCAUCGCAGACCAGCUUCCUAUUCUCACGGUGGCCAGCUGAAUGCCUACGGGAAGCCUUUCCAUUUCAUGCACAGAAACCAACCAGGCUAGCAGCCGCAUUGUACUUCAGCACUGCUGAAGGGACAGCAGACUAGCUUAAAGUGUGUUGGCCAGGGUAGGACGGGGCUGGAUGGCAUGCACAGCUCUGCCCUUCAGCACCAUCCCACUGCUCCCUGACCACACCUCACUGUGCCUAAUAGGCUAGCCCUAUUAGGGGUGCCAUGUACACUCAGCAACGAUUGUUGUGUUUUUUUUAUAGCCAGGGAGAGGGGAAGAGGUCCAUGCUGGUGUUUCUGCCUAAGCUGCCAAAAUCACUUGACUGUGCACCCUGAAUUUGGAGAGGGGCACUUUGUCUAAGGCAGCAGAUGAUCUAUAAUAAAUAUGUUAAUCUUGAAAAUGCCACAAGACUUUGGGUGGUUCCCAUUUUCUGACUCUCAUUGUAAUGUGAACCCCACCCCUUCAGUACAAGUGCGAGAUAACCGUAGAAAUCAAUGGAACAGAUUUUAAUGUGUUUCCAUCCCCAGACAAAUAAUAAAAAGAGAGGCAUUUAAGCCAUUUCUUUAUUAUCAUCAUCAUCAUCAUCCUUUGAAAAUUGCCCUGCUAUUACAAAUACCAAUGCAAAAGCAUCCAUUCCUGUGUUGGAAGGGGUUGUGGCUGAGAGAUAAUGGUUUACAACAGCCCUGUCAAUACUGAAAUUAUAUUGCAGUUUGGAGCUGAAUUCAUUGUGUACAACAACCCUCCCAUGUUGCCCAGUUACAUCAUAUCGCCUGUUACAAGUUGGGAGUCAGCCUAGGUUACAGUGCAACUGUGUAAGGUAGUCCGCUCUAUUAUGCCCCUAUUGAAGGCUGUGGAGCUGCUCUCAGAGACACUAGUUUGAGAUGGCUUUGCACUGUAGUCUACUGUUAAUAUUGCUGGUAAGAAGUGGGGCUGUGGCUCAUUCACAGUCAAAAAACAGCUCAUGCAAAGUGUAACGCAGUCCUUCCAAGUCAGUUUCAGUGCUCCACUGCCUUGCCUGCAGAAAAGGCACACUUUAAAAUAUUCCACAACUAAAUAAAAAAAAUCAAAAAAUCAAAUGUUUCACAAAAAAUAAAUGUGAACUUUUAUUUUUGCUUGUACCUUUUUGUUUUGGGGUGAACAAGCUGGAGCCUGAUCACAAAUACAGUAAAAUAUUUGAUUUCUCCAUUUAUUUCUCUGGCCAGUUCUCACUUCUGCCCUGUGAGAGAAGAAAAUGAACUUUUAAAAGACUGCUGAAAUCAGAAAUUAAAGGGAUUUGUCUCCAUAUAGAGAA